AUGGAGACGGCUGUUAACCGUCCCUAUAUACAUGCUAGUGCGACAGUUGUACAUGCUAUUGGAACGGUUGUACGCAUAUACUUUUGGGACGUUGUUCUAGCGGCUCAAUUGUUCUGCUGGACUGGACAGUUUGUAGGUCACGAAGUGUUUGAGAAGCGAGCACCUGCCUUACUGGACAAUCUUACACAAGCUUUCCUUAUGGCGCCAUUCUUUGUACUCCUUGAGGUAAUUUUAUCUUUUUUUGGCUAUGAACUAUACCCUGGGUUUCAUUCAAAAGUGAAAACAACAAUAUAUGCUAAAAUCAAAGAAUGGCAGGAGAACAAAUAG